AAAAUAGCAUUCUGACAAAAACCUUAUAAAGAACAGCCUGUUGUUUUUAGACACGAGACACGUGUCGUCGUCUGGUGUCCAGUGGCCUACUUUCAGUCCUGCGGGUGGAUUAACCGCUCGCCUCUCGCCUUUUUGACCCCGCGGAGUCUCCGUAGCACAUGCGGAAGUAGCAGCGCGGGUCGCUCUAUGAACGCUAUUUCGCGGGAGAGUCGGUGAACUGGAUCCAAGCUGUCACCACGGAACAUUACGGUGCUUGAAUUUAUAAGACAAUGAGUUUGUGGGUGGACAAAUAUCGACCGACUUCGCUCGGGAAACUCGACUAUCAUAAAGAGCAAGCGACUCAGCUGAAGAAUCUGGUUCAAUGUGGCGACUUCCCCCACCUGUUGGUGUACGGGCCGUCCGGCGCCGGGAAGAAGACCCGCAUCAUGUGUCUGCUGAGGGAGCUGUACGGAGCCGGGGUGGAGAAGCUGCGCAUCGAGCACCAGACCGUCGUGGCCCCCUCGAAGAAGAAAAUCGAGAUCAACACGAUAGCCAGCAACUAUCACUUGGAAGUCAACCCGAGUGAUGCUGGGAACCAGGACCGUGUGGUGAUCCAGGAGCUGAUCAAGACCGUGGCUCAGUCGCAGCAGAUCCAGUCAAGCACCCAGAGGGAGUUUAAAGUGGUCUUGCUUACGGAGGUGGACCGACUCACCAAGGAUGCCCAGCAUGCUCUGCGGCGGACAAUGGAAAAGUACAUGUCCACCUGCCGUCUCAUCCUCUGCUCUACCUCCACCUCUAAAGUCAUUGGGCCCAUUCGGAGCCGUUGUCUGGCUAUCAGGGUUCCUCUGCCCAGCACGGAAGAAGUCUGCAGUGUUUUGACAUCCAUCUGUAAAAAGGAGGGUCUGCUCCUCCCACCUGAACUGGCCAAACAAAUCACCGAGAAGUCUGGUCGCAACCUCCGCAAAGCCCUUUUGAUGUGCGAGGCGUGCAGAGUGCAACAGUAUCCGUUCUCGGCGGACCAAGACGUUCCGCAGACGGACUGGGAGGUCUACCUCAGGGAAACGGCCAACGCCAUCGUCAGCCAGCAGAGCCCUCAGAGGUUGUUGGAGGUUCGCGCCAGGCUGUACGAGCUGCUCACGCACUGCAUCCCUCCCGAUAUCAUUAUGAAGGGUCUGGUGACAGAGUUGCUGAGUAACUGCGACGGUCAGCUGAAGACGGAGGUGGCCCACAUGGCAGCCUACUACGAACACCGCAUGCAGCUGGGCAGCAAAGCCAUCUACCACCUCGAGGCCUUCACCGCCAAGUUCAUGGCCGUCUACAAGAAGUUCAUGGAGGACGGCCUGGAUGGGAUGAUGUUUUGACUCUGAAUAGAUUACGGCUGCUUGGAGUUCAACAGAUAUUGUUGAUUUCCUGGAAAUAUUGCUGAUUUCCUGGUGAUAUUGCUGAUUUCCUGGUGAUAUUGCGCAACAUAACUGGUGCAAAAGCAAUUCCGAGUUACAGCUUUUUCCCCAAAACCCAUUACUGUAAAUAGUUUGUAAACUUUGAACUGUCACUAGUGGAUAAACAAUCCAAACACAGCAAGCAAUUAUUUGUAACAAUAA